UUUAUGCUUCAGCUUUUUUUAUUUAUGAGCCAGAGUCCACCCUCCGGGACCCCUCUAGGACGGUGUGACCGCGUAAAAGAAGCGUGAAGACGGCAUGGGAAGCCCCGUGUACCCGAGAUGACCGACGGUUUGGUCCAAAUAAUCACGUCUUUUUGUCGCCAGAGAGGGAAACUUAAAACAAGGCUUGUUUUUGGAGUUCCACCUCCCCUCCUCUCUCCCCGUAGGAUUUGAUUCAAAGGCGAAAACCAAGAUGGCCGCCGAUUCCGUGCAGGGGGAUGCCAGGGGCCAGCUGGUGGCAGAGCGACUGGGUCUGGGACACAACCUGGACCUGUCCGACACCAUGGUCCAACAGAAGCUGGACGAGAUCAAGGAGCAGAUCCGCCGCGAGAUCCGCAAGGAGCUGAAGAUCAAAGAAGGUGCAGAGAACCUGCGCAAGGUCACCACAGACAAGAAGAGCCUGGCUUAUGUUGACAACAUGCUGAAAAAAUCUAAUAAGAAGGUGGAGGAGCUUCACCAAGAGCUACAAGAGCUGAACGCCCACAUUGUGGUCAAAGACCCUGAAGAACUGCUAGAAUGCCCUCUGACCCCAGACACCCCAAACAGCGAGGCCAGAAUGUGCACGAGCAGCAGCCGCCUCGCCGCCCUGAAAAGACAGAAUGACAUCGAGCUCAAGGUCAAACAGGGCGCUGAGAACAUGAUUCAGAUGUACUCCAACGGGUCCUCCAAGGAUCGUAAGUUGCUAGCGACAGCACAGCAGAUGCUUCAGGACAGCAAGACGAAGAUCGAGUUCAUCAGGAUGCAGAUCCUCAAAGCCAGCCAGGCCAACGAGCUGAGCUUCGAGAACAACGAUGUGAUGGAAAAGCCCAUCAUCAGCCCAUUGGACCUGCGGGUGGAGGAGCUGUGUCACCAUGCCAGGAUAGAGUCCGCUGUGGCUGAGGGAGCCAAGAACGUCAUGAAACUCUUGGGCUCGGGAAAAGUCACAGAAAAAAGGGCCCAUUCAGAGGCCCAGGCUCGUUUUAAUGAGUCCAGUCAAAAACUGGACCUCCUGCGAUAUUCCUUGGAGCAGCGCCUCAAUGAGCUGCCUAAAAACCACCCUCGCAGCAGCAGCAUCAUAGAAGAGUUGUCCCUGCUGUCCUCACCGGUCCUCAGUCCCAGAUCCAGUAUCAUCUCCACACAGAACCAGUACAGCACCGUCACCAAGCCCGCUGCGCUCACAGGCACAUUAGACGUCAGGCUCAUGGGCUGUCAGGACCUUCUGGAAAAUGUCCCCGGUCGUUCCAAAGCUGCAUCUGUCCCCCUGCCCGGCUGGAGCCCCAGCGAGACGCGCUCAUCCUUCAUCAGCCGAGCAAACCGAAACCGUGGCGUGAGCUCAAGGAACCUGACAAAGAGCGAGGAGCUUUCCAAUGAGAUCAGCGCAGUGUUGAAGCUGGACAACACGGUAGUCGGCCAGACGAGCUGGAGGCCGGUCAGCAACCAGGCCUGGGACCAGAAGUUUACAUUGGAGCUGGACCGGUCUCGUGAGCUGGAGAUCUCGGUGUAUCGGCGUGACUGGCGUUCGCUCUGCGCUGUCAAGUUCCUGCGGCUGGAGGACUUCCUGGACAAUCAGCGUCAUGGGAUGUGUCUGUACCUGGAGCCACAGGGGAUGCUGUUUGCCGAGGUAACAUUUUUCAACCCCGUCAUUGAGAGACGACCAAAGUUGCAAAGACAAAAGAAGAUUUUCUCAAAGCAGCAAGGUAAAACCUUCCUGCGGGCCCCUCAGAUGAACAUCAACAUCGCCACCUGGGGCCGCCUGGUGAGAAGAGCCAUACCAACUGUCAGCACCAACUCCUUCAGCCCGCAGGCUGCUGAGACUGGACCCAGCAGUCUGCCUGGGUCACCCACACCUAGCAGUGACCCCCUGGUGACCAAACUGGACUUUGACAAAGAGCCCACCCCGGGACCCAAACGCUACCCAGCUCCGGAUGACAUGCGAGAACCGCUGGCUCAGGACAAAAUGCCCAACAAGGAGGAGGUACAGGACGCACUCGCCUCCUUUGACUUCUUGAACAAGAGAAACAGCAUGGCUGUGAAGCCAGACCUGGACGGAGUGGCGGAGCAGGAGAUCCAGCAUCCAGACCUGGAGCUCACUGCCAUCCAGAAAGACACAGAGAUAAGGGAAGAAGAGCAGUUCCACUUCAGUCUCCAAGACUUUAAAUGUGUGGCAGUCCUCGGACGUGGUCACUUUGGAAAGGUGUUGUUAGCAGAAUAUAAAAGCACAGGCGAGAUGUUCGCCAUCAAAGCUCUGAAGAAAGGAGACAUUGUGGCUCGUGAUGAGGUGGACAGUCUGAUGUGUGAGAAGAGGAUUUUCGAAACAGUCAACAGCGUCCGCCACCCGUUCCUGGUCAACCUGUUUGCGUGUUUCCAGACGCAGGAGCACGUCUGUUUCGUCAUGGAGUACGCAGCGGGAGGCGACCUGAUGAUGCACAUCCACGCUGAUGUUUUCUCUGAGCCCAGGGCCGUAUUUUAUGCAGCCUGCGUCGUCCUGGGAUUACAGUUCUUACAUGACCAUAAGAUUGUAUACAGAGAUUUGAAGCUGGAUAACCUGCUCCUGGAUACAGAGGGCUAUGUGAAGAUCGCCGACUUUGGACUUUGCAAAGAAGGGAUGGGUUUCAGGGACCGCACCAGCACGUUUUGUGGCACCCCUGAAUUUUUAGCUCCUGAGGUUUUGACUGAAACAUCGUACACCCGCGCCGUGGACUGGUGGGGGCUGGGCGUCCUUAUCUUUGAGAUGCUGGUCGGAGAGUCUCCCUUCCCCGGCGACGAUGAGGAGGAGGUGUUUGACAGCAUCGUCAACGAUGAAGUCCGCUACCCACGAUUCCUCUCGACCGAGGCCAUCUCCAUCAUGAGAAGGCUUUUGAGGAGGAGUCCAGAACGACGCCUGGGAGCAGGAGAAAAGGAUGCAGAGGAGGUUAAGAAACAUCUAUUUUUCAGGCACAUGGAUUGGAACGGACUGCUGGCCAAGAAGGUCAAGCCUCCAUUCGUGCCGACCAUCCAGGGCGCCAACGACGUCAGCAACUUUGAUGACGAAUUUACCUCAGAGGCUCCGAUCUUAACCCCGCCCAGGGAACCGCGAGUGCUGAGCUCUGAGGAGCAGAACAUGUUCUUUGACUUUGAUUACAUCGCUGACUGGUGUUAGCUUCACAUGACUCCCCUCUACACACACACACACACACAUACACACGUAUGCACACACACUGUGAACCAACCAACACAGCAGUGACUGUAGCUCACAUCUUUUAAAAAAAAGAAACGUUGAGGAGGAGCAGUGGAUGUGGCUCCUCGAGCCUUCGGGCAAAACUGUGCCAUUGAGAAGAGAGUUCAGACGCCUCCUGAGGAACCCCACUUAUUUUUUAAUCCACAUGAAGAACUGUUUUUUGUUUUUGUUUUUGUUUUUUUGUUUUUUUUUUUUUAAGAAAAAGAACAAAAGAAACUCUGUUGUUGGAGAGGAGGGAUGCUCUGUCCUCCUGCACAUGUUGUCGUCGUGUCCGUUGUCUGACCACUGAGAAUGUUUUUCACAUGAACUACAAGGAGACAGCAACAGAUCACAAUCAUGUUAUUCAGUGUCACUGUCGUCAGUUUCCCCCCCCCCCCCCUGUACAGAUUAUAUUCAGUCGUAUAUAUUUUAUUGUUGUGUUGUUUUUUUUCUUUAUUUGCAAAGCCCUCGCCACAGCUUAAGGACAUUUAUCUCACUGUAAAGUUUGCCAUUUCUGCCACGAUCGCAUCUGAUCAAACUGGUGUUUGGUGAGUUUAAAGUGCUCAAAGCAUCAUCACCGAAUGGUCAACUGCAACGAACAUCUUGACUACUACUGCUGCUUCUUGACUUGAAAACCCAGUAAGAGUCUUCACACUACAUUUGCUUGUGUGUUGGGGCCCAGUCCUUGUCCACACCAGAGUUCAACACCUCUUUUUCCCCCCCCCCCCCCCCCCUCACUUUGCUCACUUGUCAAACAGCAGUCCUUCCUGUACUGCAAAAGCUGUAAAAUGAAAUGAAAGUGAAUUACAAUAACUUAAGUUUUAUUUGGAAGUUUCAUAUUAUAAAUGAUGAUCACAGUCAAAUAAUGUAGAACAAUUCAUAUUUUUUGUCUGGUGCCCUCUGGUGGCUGUUUCGCCUGAGGUUGACAUUCAGCUGAACUCAGUUUUAAAGUCUGAGCAAUAAAAUCAAAACUUAAUAUUAAAUCAAUUAUUUUUCUCAGAGCUGAGUUCAGUUGGGUUUUAGUUCCUCGGCGAACAGCUGAGCUGUUGCAGAACUGACAUUUUCCUUGUUACCUCAGUGAAAGCGAAAACUCUUCUCAUACAGUAAAGGACUGAGUGAGUCGCACCGCAACCGCUGCACAACCAAAUUCACGCUGUCGCUCUUGAAGCAGCAAACAAACAGCCCUUUGUGGCGAGAAGAACGUCUGAUUAAUGGACUGAACAUAAGCCCCAGAGACAGAUUAACUAAAGAUGGGCAAAAAUCUGUAAAGAAAGUGGAGUUUUUUUGUUUUUUUGGAGGUGGAGGGGGGGGGGGGGGGGGCACUAAACUCUUCCAAUGCCAUUUAUAUUUCUCCCCUCACUGUUGUGUGAUUUUGACAUUUUUCAAGCUGGAGCCGUGGACCCAGCAGAUGACUUUCUGUCAGUUUGCAUGUUCAGUAUAAAUUGACUCAGAUGUUGCAGACCUGUUGAUAUGAAUCACUACAGGAGAGGGCAGGGUAUAUUAUAUAUACAUACUGUAUGUACACAAUUAAGCUGAAAGCACUAAUUUUAUCAAUAGUUUUUAAUUAUCUACGUUUCUUAAUGAUGAAAAUAGAUUGUACAAAGUUUUUUUUUUAUUCUUUGCUUGUGCAUGUUGUCGCCAGAACAGAUGAAAUUUUUAUGGAUGGUACACCAAUACUCAAGUCCCCACAACUGUUGCUGUUCACCCCGGUGUAAAAAAACAAACAGAAAAGGCGUGUUUUGUUUUUUUGUUUUUUGUUUUUUUGCAGUCAUUGUUUGUUGCCUAUCAUGAAUGCACAAAUUAAACAUUUGUAAUAGUGAGUUUA